AAAGGAGCUGGUGACUCAGUGCUCUAAAGAUCGUUUACGAUGGGGAUAAUAUCUUGCAACACACUCUUCUCUUCUUCUCCUUCUCUCCCGCCGUUAACUCUUUCGACACGAACAAAACCCUCGCCAUUCUCGAAGAAACUCAGAGUUCGAGCUCAAUUCCAGUUUAUGGAGGAUCACGACGAUCUUCUCCGGCGAAAAUUUAUGGAGUUUCCCUACUUGUCGGCCACAGGCAGGCAGCUAAUGGUUGAGCUAAUGUCGACGAUGGAGGAUCGCCUCCAGUCUCAACUCCUCCCCUGUAGCCUCCCGCCGGAUGUACGGAACUUCAAGAACCCUAACGGUUCUGCCGAAGCAUCUCUUCAUAUCAGAUCCGGCCAGAAAUCCUCUCUGAUUGAUUUUGUUAUAGGAAGUUGGAUACACUGUAAGAUACAACCAGGUGUAUCUCUCAACAUAACAAGCAUCUCUGCAUACUUAAACUCUUCAACAAAAGCUCCAAACUUUGUGCUCGAACUCAUACAGAGCAGUCCCACGUCGCUCGUUCUCAUCCUCGACCUCCCUCACCGCAAAGACCUUGUGCUUCACCCGGACUAUCUCAAGGAAUAUUACCAAGACACCGCUCUUGAUUCAUAUCGCCAAUCACUCCUUAAGCUUCCUGAAAUCAAACCCUAUGUUACGCCUUCUUUGUUUAUCCGCUCUGCUCUAUCUCCUACAUCUUCGAUGCUUAAAAUCGAUGUGGAGGAAGAGGAAAAGUUGGAGGAGAUCUUAAGAGAUCAUGUAAGUCAAGCUGGUAAGGAAGUUCUCGGGGUUUGGUUGGACCGAUGCGCAAGGAAAGAAGAACAAGAAGAGAAGAGAGUGAUGGGAGAAGAAGAGAAAUUGGAAAUGGAGAGAAGGGACAAAAACUCUAGAAAGAAGAGCAUAGAAGAAGAUUUGGGUUCACAGUUUCCGAGAAUGUUUGGAGAAGAAGUUUCGUGCCGUGUUUUGCACGCCAUCAAAGAAGCUUUCGGUGUUCUGUAGAUCAUGUCAUUAUAGAUUAGCUAAUAAUCAUCAUUGUCUAAAUAGAUUAAUAUAUGCUUCUUCUUUUUU